GUGGUUAUAGCAACUGUUGAAGAAUAUGAAAUACCGAAAAAUUUUCAAAACCAAUUUGAAAAUGCAAUAGGUGAUGUGAAAAAAUUAUUAGAAAAAUUGGAACAUCAAGAAGAUAGAGAAUAUUUUCAAGAAUGUCUUCGAAAAAUACGAGAUGCAUUAGAACAUCAAGAAGACAAAGAGUAUUUUCUAAAUUAUUUUAAAAAAAUUAAUAAUCAACUUGAUCAUUUUAAAGAUUUUGAUGAAAAAGCCCUGGAAAUCAGUGAUUAUUUUAAUUAUAUGAUCAAUUCGACAUUUGAGAUUCUUUCUGGUUCAGCUAAUUUACAAAUGAAAAUUUUUUCAUCAAUUGAGAGAUUGAAUAAUAUUGACUUAGAAAGUUCUCAAGAUGAAAUUAACUUGUCAUUCGAUGAAACUGAUGAAUAUUUAUUUAAAUGGAUUAAUUAUUGUACUGAGAUUACUGACCAAUUUGAAAAAUUUUUUGAAGACCAUAGCAAUCUUAUUAAGAAUAUAGAAGAUAGUCUCUUUUUUUUUGAAAUUCAAGAAGAGAUAUUAACUAAAAUUCAUGAUAUUAAAACCAAUUUACUUCAUAAUUCGGAAGAAAUCGAUAAACCGAAAAUAAGAAGAGUGAGAACACUCUUUUCAAGCUCUGAAGAGAUAAAAAAAGAAGCAUAUUCAAACUUCCUUCUCAUCAUCGGGUUGAAAUUAGUAUAUGAUUUAACUGCUAAAUUAGAAUAUACGACAAAGGAGUUUUGGGAAACCCUUUCUAAAGAAUUAUCUAAAGUAUUAAGCAAGGAAUUAGCGAAGAAUUUUGUAAAAUGCGAAUUAUAUGCUAAAGAAU